AUGAACUCAUCCAAAACGCGCCGGAAAGUCGUCGUAGCUUCGGCGGAGAAUGGGGACUCUGGCGACAAGCUCGACCAGCUCCUCCUAUCCUCCGCCAUAUCCAACGGAGAAGACUUAUCCCCUUUCAUCCGCAAAACCUUCGCCUCGGGUAAGCCCGAAACCCUACUCCACCACCUCCGUCAUUUCUGCAGAUCCAAAGAGGCUGAGAUCGAAGAAGUCUGCAAGGUUCAUUAUCAGGACUUCAUAAUGGCUGUCGAUGACCUCCGUUCUCUUCUUUCCGGCGUCGAAUCGCUUAAAUCAUCCAUCUCCAAUUCAAACUACCAGUUACAGUCUGUUGCCGGCCCUCUCUUAACAUCUCUCGAUUCUUUCAUAGAAGCGAGAAAUAAGUGCCAAAACAUAUCCCUUGCGAUCGAAUCUCUUCGAAUUUGUGUGCGAUUAAUGGAGCUUUGCUCGCGGGUGAAUUUUCAUCUAUCGAAGAAUAACUUUUACAUGGCGUUGAAGUGUAUUGACUCGAUCGAGAGAGACUUUAUACAAAAGACGCCGUCGUCCACGCUCCGGAGGAUGCUCGAGAAGAACAUCCCUGCGAUCCGAGCGCACAUCGAACGGAGAAUCAGCAAAGAGUUUGGAGAUUGGCUUGUUGAGAUCCGUACUGUGAGCCGGAACUUGGGGCAAGUUGCUAUCGGACAAGCGUCUGCCGGUAGACAGAGAGAAGAAGAAUUACGGAUCAGGCAACGGCAAGCCGAGGAGCAGAGUCGCCUGAGCGUGAGGGACACUGUUUAUGCUCUCGAAGAAGAAGAUGACGACGGUUACUCUAUAGGAAACGAAGAUCCUACCAUAUCCAUCAAACUCUUGGGCUUGAGGAUGGAUUCAAAAAAAUCUCAUCAGACGUUUUUCGCUCAGAUAGCCGGAUUUUUCAUAGUUGAAGAUCGCGUUUUAAGGACCGGGGGUGGAUUGAUAACGAAAAUGGAAGUAGAAAAUCUGUGGGACACUGCUGUUAGCAAAAUGUGUUCUGUGUUAGAAGAUCAAUUUUCUAGGAUGCGAACAGCCAAUCAUUUGUUACUGAUCAAGGAUUAUGUGAGUUUGCUUGGUGUUACUCUGCGGAGGUAUGGAUACUCAGUUGAUGCUUUGCUUGAUGUGUUAAACAAGCACAGGGAUAAGUACCAUGAGUUAUUGUUAUCAGAUUGUCGGAAACAAAUUGCUGAAGCUGUUGCUGCAGAUAAGUUUGAGCAGAUGUGGAUGAACAAGGAGUAUGAGUAUUCUAUGAACGUUCUUUCUUUCCAGAUACAAACUUCUGACAUUGUACCAGCUUUUCCUUACAUUGCUCCAUUUUCAUCCACUGUGCCUGAUUGUUGUCGAAUUGUGAGGUCCUUCAUUGAAGAUUCUGUUAGUUUCAUGUCUCAUGGUGGACAGCUUGAUUUCUAUGAUGUUGUGAAGAAAUACUUAGAUCGGCUUUUGACUGAAGUCCUGGAUGAUACCCUUCUAAAGCUUAUCAGCAGUUCAAUUAGUGGGGUGAAUCAAGCAAUGGUUGUUGCAGCUAACAUGGCUGUUCUUGAACGAGCCUGUGAUUUCUUCUUCCGCCAUGCUGCAAAGCUUUCUGGGAUCCCUCUUAGGAUGGUGGAAAGAAGUAGGCGGCAGUUUCCCCUGACCAAAGCACGUGAUGCAGCUGAAGAAAUGCUGUGUAGCUUGCUUAAAAAGAAAGUUGAUGGUUUCAUGACAUUGAUUGAGAAUGUGAAUUGGAUGGUUGAUGAGCCACCUCAGAGUGAAAACGAAUAUGUGAAUGAGGUGAUCAUCUUUCUGGAGACACUUCUUUCCACUGCACAACAGAUAUUACCUGGUCAGGUCCUGAAACGAGUGUUACAAGAUGUUCUUUCCCACAUCUCGGAAACAAUUGUUAACUUUUUAGUUGGUGAAUCUGUGAAAAGGUUCAGUUUGAAUGCUGUGAUGGGGAUUGAUCUAGAUAUCAAAUUGUUGGAAUCAUUUGCUGAAAACCAAGCUUCUCUUGUAUCUGAAGAAGAAGCUAAUCAGCUGAAGAAAGCACUUGUUGAGGCAAGGCAAUUAGUUAAUUUGCUUCUCAGCAAUAAUCCAGAGAAUUUUUUGAAUCCGGUAAUCAGGGAGAGGAGCUAUAAUGCUUUGGAUUACAGAAAAGUAGGGAUCAUUUCAGAGAAACUAAAGGAUCCUUCUGAGCGACUGAUGUCAACUAACACCCUGUGUCUACUCUACUUGCUUCAAGAUUCCCAGGUAUCACUUGAAGAGAUCUCAAGGAUUGAUGUUGAUGCAGAUGAUGGUUCGGAGUAAUUCAUAUUUGUUGGUUGUGGUUGUGGUUGUGUGAUUAAUUUUGUUUCUUGGACUAGCCCCAGUAUAAAAAUGCGCUCAUUAAUAGGUUGUAAGUAAAGUUAAAAAAAAAAAAAAACAGAUUUGUGUCAAAUUCUUUAUUCUUAUAUGCAUC